AGCGCAGACCGGAUUCUGGCAGAAUCGAGGUAGUGCCGAUCGUCGCCACUGAGAGAAACAGUCUCAUCUGGACAACGUGACGAGCAGUUCGUGUUUCGAGUCGCGCCUUAAAUACAUUUAUUCCGAAAUUUAGAAGACAAAAGUUCGAUCGAUUCGAACCAUCGAAAAGUUAUCUCGAUAUCCGUAGCCACACUCCAGGAGACACUCCACACAAAAUGUUGGCCCUGCCAAACAUUGCCGAUCUGCGCAUGCAGCAGCAGAUCGCCCACGAGAUCUAUCGCCAUCAGAUUAUGCAACGGCUGCCUGAUCCCCUGUGCGGCCUUCUGCCGGCCUUCGCUGGGCACUUUGCGCCCCCGCCGCCGCCGCAGCCAUCGCUGCCUGGAGCCGUGGAGGCCAAGUUGGAGAACAACGAACUGUGGCAACAAUUCCACCACAUUGGCACCGAGAUGAUCAUCACAAAGUGUGGCAGACGCAUGUUCCCCUCGAUGCGUGUCUCACUGAGCGGACUCGAGGAGGAGGCCAGCUACUGCGUGCUCCUCGAGAUGGUGCCCAUUGGCGACUGCCGCUACAAGUUCUCCGGCUCGCAGUGGGUUCCCGCUGGAGGAGCCGAGCCACAGAGCCCUCAGCGCAUGUAUUUGCAUCCAGAGAGCCCGGCUACGGGCAAGCAUUGGCAAUCGCAGGCUCUGCUCUUCAGCAAAGUGAAGCUGACCAACAACACCCUCGAUAACAAUGGACACAUUGUUCUGGCCAGCAUGCACAAGUAUCAGCCGCGUCUGCAUGUCAUACGCACCUCUGAUCUUGGCCAGAUCCCCUGGGCCCCACAGCAGGCGUUUGUCUUCCCCGAAACAGAGUUCAUAGCCGUAACCGCAUAUCAGAACGAACGGAUCACCAAGCUGAAGAUCGACAACAAUCCCUUUGCCAAGGGUUUCCGUGAGUCGGGUCAGUCGCGGUGCAAGCGAAAGCUGAACGAUUCACCGCCUCCACAGCCGACGGCCACAGCCACAGGAGGAGCACACAAUGUGGAGCACUCACCCUUGGCCAAGCGUCUGCGUUUGGCCGAUGAUCUGUCGAGGCAGCCACAGCAGAACGCAACGCAACUCCAGUCCAGCCUUAUGCAGCGUCAUUAUCUGCUGGAUACUCUGGAGGCCAAUUUCUAUAUGCCACAGCCACCGCCACCGCCACCGUCAUCGCAUGCCAUUGAGUAUGCCAGACACAUUGCCUGCCAUCCAAGUUGGGCCUACACACCGCCAUCGCCAGCCUCCUCCUCCACGUCAUCGUCCUCGUUCAGUGGCGAGUCGGCGGCCGAGGCAGACACAGAUACCUUUGUGGAUGUGGUGGGCACCAAUACCACAACAAUCAGCAGCAGUAGCAGCACCAGCGGAACGAGCACACAUGAGUCCGUUGCCGAUGCACAGCCAAAGCCCAAACGGAGCAGCUUCAGCAUCUCGGACAUAUUAGGAACUAGCGUCUCCGUUUAGUCGCCGCCUGCUCCCAUUUCGGUAGCAAAUUGUACAUUUAAUUAGCGUUAGGUUGCCAUCGUAAGCGUCGUUUGCCAUCAUCAUAGUCGUCGUCGGCGUAGUGUCUAAGUUGAAUUGUGAUAUUUUGCAGUUAAUUAGGAUUUCCAGGUAUAUGCCGUCAGUAUUUAUCGUAUUUAUUAUGCAAUUUUAAUUGUUCAAAUGAUUUCGUAAUGGAUUUAUUGUCAUAGGCAUUUUAAUGCGGCAUUAAUAAAAUAUUCCGAA